AAACCAAGGAAAAAAGAUGUGCAGGAAAAACCACCCGAAGAAGUGGCUGAGGUUACUACUACUAAGUGCUCCAUCAGUCCUGAGUGGGAUCACUUUCAGGCUGACUCUCCGAAAGCAGUGAGAGAAACAGGAAAGGAGCUGAGAACUCUGGGUGAAGCUCUGGCUCGCUCAAGACUGGAACAGCUACAGUUGGAACUCGAGUGUCUCAGGCAUCAUAUCAAUUCCGUGAAGCGAGGUGGAGAUUACUUUCAUAUACUACACCAAGAAUCACUGGAGAGGAAGAAAGCAGCCCAGAAGACUCGGGGCAUGAGAUGGACAACUGAGUUUCAGCCAUCCAAAAACUCCUCAGAUGAAGAGUCAGAGGAAGAAAUAAACAAUUGCUCUCUCGCACAAGGCAGCCACCUGAAGAAGAAAAAAAAGAUGAACUUACGGUCUUUUGCUCCUGUUUAUACCAGUGUCUUGAUUCUAAACCCUGCUGGAGCAAAAAGCGAACACCUUUUCCAGCAGCUCUGUGCCAUACACUGGCUUUUGGAAGCUUUGACUCUUGACUCCAUCGGUUCGAUGCGUUCUAUACUAACCUGCUGGAAUCCAGCGGACCCUGGUGGUUGUAAAAAAACAGCAAAAGAAAUAGAAGAGGAAAAGUUAGCAACAUACAUGUGGGAGUUUUUCACAACUAACAAAAAGAAAGGCACCUGGCGAGCACAAUACAGUCUACUUAGCAGGAAGAUAAGCAAGACGUCAACACCGGGUAUCUCUCAGCUUAGCAGACAGUCGUCAUCCUGUGGUCAAACCCCUCAUGGCAGUGAAACUUCCACUGCACUUUGCUCUGUAGACAGCGUCAAGAUUAAUGUAGCUUCAUCUGAUGUCAGGAGUGAGUCCGUGCAAGCUAAAGAGCAACAAUGUCUUUUCCCUUCCCUACAGAAAGUCAUCCAGAUAAUGCGUGAAGAAGUGUCAAAAGAUACCCAUAAACAAAAAGAUCUGGUUAAGAAGAUUGGAAUGCAACGUUUGUUGCCAGUAGCUCAGAACCACAAGGCAAACAUGCCACUCAUUAAGGACCAAGAGAGUGUAACACCAAGCAAGCAGCAGCCCAGAAGCUUUCUGUGUUGUUUUUAUUGCAGCUGCCAUAGCAAAUUUAACUUGUGUGCUGAUAUGAGGCAAAAAUUCACAGAAAUACGUAAAGAAGCAGCUCGUUCUUUACAUGAUGCCCUAGUAAGCCUUGAGAGGAGUCAGGAAAAACGAUGUCGUCAAAAAUACCAGGCUUUGAAGCAACUGAAGACUUUCAGAAGAGAUAUGGAAAGAAUAAGACAUCUGGACAUGAAAGCUGACAGAGAAGAUGAUGAGGAUGGACUAAAAUGGUUUCCUGUAUUGCUUGCCAGACUCCCGGAGUCUGUGAAGAGUGACCAUUAUGUACAGAAAAUCUUAAAGAAACUGGAAAAAUACGGCAAGACUCCUGACCUGAAAAUUCAACCAGACACCUUUCUUAAGGUUCUGGAAGAUCUACAGGUGUGGGAGCUGUGUUCUCCAGAAAUUGCUGCAGCUGUAGAGUUUGUACGUGAAAGUAUUGUGCAGAUGCCAGAAGAGGAUUUUAGCGAGUGGCUUCAGACAAAAGUAGCCUCCCUGAGUGCAGAGUCCUCCACCAUUUAA